CACAACAUACCACAGUAGUAAAAUCCUCUUGUCCCCGACACUUUCCCCAGUAUCGACGGAAGAGUCUUACGCCCGCGCCGAGUAUACCACUAUGAUACAGGCGGUGUUCGGUCUAACUAUCGUGGAGAUAUGUUUGUGGGGCGGCUACGUUCUCCCUGCUAGGUUAGCGUAACUUAAAAAGCAGCUAGACCCGAUUGGGAGCGACCCAUCUCACCCACCCUUGAACUUCUGACUCCAAGCUGCAUCCCAGGCCAUAGACAGCGCGUCAGAAGGAAUUCGUCCGCUCGCUUUUCACCAUGUCCGUCCUGGGAUGGAAGUACAGGGAGGGUCCUGUGGAGGGGAUUUGGGGGCCGCCCAAUUCGAAUCAUAAUUUUUGCGAAGAGGAUUACAUUAUUACGGAGUAUAUCGCGGAGUUUGUGAAUACGUUGACGAACUUGACUUAUGUGAUAUAUGGCAUCCACGGCCUUCGAAGAGUGUCGCCGAAGAAAGAUGGAGGAAUCUUUUCGACGUUGGCGUUACCGUACUGGGGCCUUAUUGGGGUCGGCGUGCUGAGUGGGUGGUUUCAUUCGACGCUGAAGUAUCAUAGUCAGAUGGGCGACGAUCUCUCCAUGUUCCUGGCCGUGGGAACACUCAUGCACCAACUACUUACCUUCAACGCCCCACCCGCCAAACGUUGCAACAUCACGCUUCUCAUCCUCGGCACCGUCAUCCCCAUCUCCAUCUACCAUGUCUGGGCCGACGAGAUCUACGCCCAUCAACUUGCCUUCGUUACUAUGGUGUUCAUCACUGGCCGUAAGAUCCGCCGGUUGAUCCGUGAGAGGGUUAAGAAUCCGGAGUCGAGGAAGAGAUUGCGUGCCUUGGCGUCAAUGGGGAGUGCAUCAGGAGCCUUUGGCUACUUCCUCUGGUCUAUCGACUUCCAUCUCUGCAGCUACGUCACCGCCGUGAAGCGAGCCGUUGGGCUUCCUUUGGGCUUGUUUCUCGAGCUUCACGGUUGGUGGCACAUUUUUACAGGUAUCGGCGCGUAUGUCGGCAUGGCCCUGUGUGAGUACCUUGUUACCAUGGAAGAGGGUGAGAAGGGGAGGGUUGAGGAGGGCUUUGUUUGGCCGGUGAAGAGUGUGUUGAUGGAUGUUGAGGGGAAAGAGAGGAGUAAGUUGCAAUAAGGGUUCACCCAUAGAAGGUUAGGUCCUCUGUGCGACUUUGGGGGUUUGGGGUUCAAAACGCGAUGUAUUCUUGCUGUAAGAUAUCGAUUGAUGGAAUCAGUGUUCCAGAGAAUAUGAAAGGUUUGAG